AACACACACAAGAAGCCUGCGAGAGUUAAGAUGGCGGCAUGUGGGUGAAGAGGCUGGGAUCCAAACUCGAGCUUUUUCGCCAUUAAACGAUUCCUAUGAGCCCUCAUACAUACAGUAAUCGAAAGAACAACCAUUUCCACAUCUUUCACACGACUCUGUGUGAUUUUGGAUAUUCCCCAUGACAUCUAUACACUUCGUGGUUCACCCGCUACCCGGGACCGAGGAUCAGCUCAAUGACAGGCUCCGUGAAGUGUCAGAGAAACUCAACAAAUACAGCUAUAACAGUCAUCCACACCUCAGCCUGCUGGAGCAGGCCACCUUGAAACAGUGUGUUGUUGGUCCAAACCAUGCUGGAUUUCUCCUUGAGGACGGACGUGUGUGCAGAAUCAGCUUUGCUGUCCAGCCUGACCGCCUGGAGCUCAGCAAACCGGAUGGCAGUGAUGGUUCAAAGUUGAGCAGUGGUUCAGGGACAGGAAGGAGCUCCAGGCCAGGCAGGACUAGUGAUCCGCCCUGGUUCCUGUCUGGUUCUGACACACUGGGCAGACUGGCAGGCAACACCCUUGGGAGUCGCUGGAGCUCCGGCGUAAAUGGAGGCAGUGGUGGAGGUGGAAGCGGAGGAGGAGCAGGUGGAGGCGGAGCGGGAGGUGGCAGCAGCGGAGGAGGUGGCGGCAGUGGAAGCGGCGGAGGAGGCGGAGGCACGUCUGGCAGGUCGUCAACAGCAGCUCGUGAUUCCCGGCGACAGACCAGGGUGAUCCGUACAGGAAGGGAUCGCGGCUCGGGCCUCCUGGGUAGUCAGCCUCAGCCGGUCAUACCAGCCUCCGUCAUCCCUGAAGAACUCAUAACUCAGGCCCAAGUAGUCCUUCAGGGGAAAUCCAGGAGCGUGAUCAUUCGGGAGCUGCAGAGGACAAACCUCGACGUUAACCUAGCUGUCAACAACCUGCUGAGCCGGGAUGAUGAAGAUGGAGAUGAUGGAGAUGACACAGCCAGCGAGUCCUACCUCCCGGGAGAGGACCUAAUGUCCCUGUUGGACGCAGACAUUCACUCUGCUCAUCCCAGUGUCAUUAUUGAUGCUGAUGCCAUGUUCUCUGAGGACAUCAGUUACUUUGGCUACCCCUCUUUUCGACGCUCCUCACUGUCUCGCCUCGGAUCCUCCAGAGUUCUCCUUCUUCCCUUAGAACGUGACUCAGAGCUGUUGCGUGAACGCGAGUCUGUAUUGCGGUUACGUGAGCGCCGGUGGCUCGAUGGGGCCUCCUUCGACACAGAGCGAGGUUCCACCAGCCGUGAGGGCGAGCCCAGCCUCGACAAGAAGAGCAUCCCAGUGCAGAGCCCCGUCUCUCUUGGAGAGGAGCUCCAGUGGUGGCCUGACAAGGAUGGUGUUAAAUUUGUGAGCAUCGGAGCCAUGUUCUCAGAGCUGGUAGCUGUGAGCUCCAAGGGGGAGCUGUAUCAGUGGAAGUGGAGUGAGCCUGAGCCCUACAGGAAUGCACAGAAUCCUUCGAUUCAUCAUCCUCGUGUUUCCUUCCUUGGGUUGGCCAAUGAGAAGAUCACCUUGUUGUCUGCCAACAGCAUCAGGGCGACUGUAGCUACAGAGUCCAACAAGGUGGCUACUUGGGUUGACGACACACUGAGCACAGUGGCCUCUAAACUUGAGCACAGCGCUCAAGCUUUCCCCGAGCUGCAGGGGGAACGCAUGGUGUCGCUGCACUGCUGUGCACUCUACACGUGUGCACAGCUGGAGAAUAGCCUCUACUGGUGGGGUGUUGUGCCUUUUAGUCAAAGGAAAAAGAUGCUUGAAAAGGCCAGAGCCAAGAACAAAAAGCCAAAGUCCAGCGCUGGCAUCUCCUCAAUACCCAACAUCACCGUAGGAACACAGGUGUGCUUGAGGAAUAACCCCCUCUACCACGCCGGUGCAGUGGCCUUUUCUGUCAGUGCAGGAAUUCCCAAAGUGGGCGUCCUGUUGGAGUCUGUCUGGAACAUGAACGACAGCUGCAGGUUCCAGCUGCGCUCACCAGAGAGCCUCAAGAACAUGGAGAAGACCACGAAGACCCAGGAGAUCAAGACUGAAAGCAAACCAGAGCUGGUGAAGACUGAGAUGGGUCCUCCUCCUUCCCCGGCGUCUACCUGCAGCGAUACCUCUUCCAUAGCUAGCAGUGCCUCACUGCCCUACAAACGAAGGCGGUCCACCCCAGCCCCCAAAGAAGAGGAGAAGGUGAACGAGGAGCAGUGGCCACUCAGGGAGGUGGUCUUUGUGGAGGAUGUUAAAAAUGUUCCUGUGGGAAAGGUGCUGAAAGUGGAUGGCGCGUAUGUGGCAGUGAAGUUCCCGGGGACAUCAAGCAGCAUGAGCAACCAGAGUACCACAGUGCCCACAGACUCGGACCCGUCGUCGCUGCUGCAGGACUGCAGGCUCCUCAGAAUAGAUGAACUACAGGUGGUCAAAACUGGCGGGACUCCCAAAGUUCCAGACUGUUUUCAGCGAACACCUAAAAAGCUCUGUAUCCCAGAAAAGGCUGAGAUUCUGGCUGUGAAUGUUGACUCCAAAGGAGUCCACGCAGUGCUGAAAACUGGUAACUGGGUAAGGUACUGUAUCUUUGACCUGGCCACAGGCAAAGCUGAGCAGGAGAAUAACUUCCCUACUAGUAACCUCGCCUUCCUGGGACAGAGUGAGCGCAAUGUGGCCAUUUUCACAGCAGGACAGGAGUCUCCUAUCAUCCUCCGUGAUGGGAAUGGCACAAUCUACCCCAUGGCCAAAGACUGCAUGGGGGGAAUUCGUGACCCUGAUUGGUUGGACUUGCCACCGAUAAACAGUUUGGGGAUGGGGGUGCACUCUCUGGCCAACCUCCCGUCCAACUCCACAAUCAAAAAGAAAGCUGCUAUUAUUAUCAUGGCUGUCGAGAAACAAACGCUAAUGCAGCACGUGCUGCGCUGUGACUACGAGGCCUGCCGGCAGUACCUGGUGAACCUGGAGCAGGCCUUCUUGUUGGAUCAGGGCAACCAAGCCCUCGGAGCACUUUUGGGCCACCGAUGUGACGGAAACCGCAACAUCCUCCAUGCCGCUGUGUCUGUCUGCUUCCCUGUCAGUAACAAGGAGACCAAAGAGGAAGAAGAAGCAGAAAGGUCAGAGAGGAACACAUUUGCAGAACGUUUGUCUGCUGUGGAGGCGAUUGCAAACGCCAUCUCUGUUGUCUCGAGCAACAGCUCUGGAAACAGAACGGGCUCCUCCAGCAGCAGAGGGCUCCGUCUGAGGGAGAUGAUGAGGAGGUCUUUAAGAGCAGCAGGCCUUGGCCGUCAUGAAUCUGGCCCGUCAUCCAGUGACCACCAGGACCCUGUGUCCCCUCCCAUCGCUCCACCGAGUUGGGUCCCUGACCCUCCCCCCAUGGACCCUGACGGAGACAUUGACUUUAUUUUAGCUCCAGCCGUCGGUUCGCUCACCACUGCCUCCACUGGUACCAGCCAGGGACCGAGCACCUCCACCAUACCAGGGCCGUCCACUGAGCCUUCUGUGGUUGAAUCUAAAGACAGGAAGGCUAAUGCUCAUCUUAUCCUCAAGCUGAUGUGUGACAGUGUUGUCCUGAGGCCACAUCUGCGGGAGCUGCUCUCAGCAAAGGAUGCCAGAGGAAUGACCCCAUUCAUGCUGGCGGUCAGUGGGAGAGCUUACCCAGCAGCUAUCACUGUGCUGGAGGCAGCGCAAAAAAUGGCCAAAGUGGGCGACCCAGGCGUUGCGGAGAAAGAAGAUGCAGAUUCCGUGUUCAUGGAAAUGAUUUGCCCCUCGGGGACCAACCCUGAUGACUCUCCCCUGUAUGUUCUCUGCUGCAACGACACCUGCAGUUUCACUUGGACCGGAGCUGAGCACAUUAAUCAGGAUAUCUUCGAGUGUCGAACGUGUGGACUGCUGGAGUCUCUGUGCUGCUGCACGGAGUGUGCGAGGGUUUGUCAUAAAGGACACGACUGCAAGUUGAAAAGGACGUCUCCUACAGCAUACUGUGACUGUUGGGAGAAAUGCAAGUGUAAAACACUGAUAGCCGGCCAGAAGGCUGCUCGUCUAGAUUUGCUGUACAGGUUACUCACAACCACCAAUCUGGUUACAACACCAAACAGCCGGGGAGAGCACAUUUUACUGUUCCUGGUUCAGACUGUUGCCAGGCAGAGUGUUGAACACUGUCAGUACAGACCUCCACGCAUCCGAGAAGACAGGAACCGCAAGGCUGCCAAUGCGGAAGACUCUGAUAUGCCAGACCAUGACCUCGAGCCUCCCCGCUUCGCUCAGCUUGCUCUGGAGCGGGUUCUGCAGGACUGGAAUGCCCUCAAGUCGAUGAUCAUGUUCGGUUCUCAGGAGAAUAAAGACCCACUUAGUGCUAGCAGUCGAAUCGCCCACCUCCUGCCUGAAGAGCAGGUCUACUUGAAUCAACAGAGUGGCACCAUUCGCCUUGAUUGUUUCACUCACUGCCUCAUUGUCAAGUGCGCUCCCGACAUCACGUUCAUCGAUACUUUACUGGGCACUCUGGUGAAGGAGCUGCAGAACAAGUAUACUCCGGGUCGGAGAGAGGAGGCAGUCAAUGUCACCAGGAGGUUCCUUCGCUCUGUAGCUCGAGUGUUUGUCAUCCUCAGCGUGGAGAUGGCCUCGUCCAAGAAGAAAAACAACUUCAUCCCCCAGCCUAUUGGGAAAUGUCGGCGUGUGUUCCAAGCUCUGCUGCCCUACGCUGUGGAGGAGCUGUGCAACGUCGCAGAGUCACUCAUCGUUCCGGUGCGAAUGGGGAUCGCCAGACCAACGGCUCCAUUCACUUUAGCCAGCACCAGCAUCGAUGCUGUGCAGGGCAGCGAGGAGCUCUUCUCCGUUGAGCCUCUCCCGCCAAGACCCUCACCUGAUCAGUCCAGCAGCUCCAGUCAGACGGCUGCUUCCUACAUUAUCAGGAACCCACAGCCGCGGCGCAGCAGCCAGUCCCAGCCUGUCAGAGGACGAGAUGAAGAGCAGGAUGACAUUGUAUCAGCAGAUGUGGAAGAGGUUGAAGUCGUUGAAGGAGUAGCAGGGGAGGAAGACCAUCAUGAUGACCAGGAAGAGCAGGGAGAAGAAAAUGCUGAAGCAGAGGGACAGCAUGAUGAGCACGAUGAAGAUGGAAGUGAUAUAGAGUUGGACCUGCUGGCGGCAGCAGAGACGGAGAGCGACAGCGAAAGCAACCACAGCAAUCAGGACAACGCCAGCGGCCGCAGGAGUGUCGUCACAGCAGCCACUGCAGGCUCUGAAGCAGGUGCCAGCAGUGUCCCUGCCUUCUUUUCAGAGGAUGACUCCCAGUCCAACGACUCCAGUGACUCGGACAGCAGCAGCAGCCAGAGCGACGACGUCGACCACGAGACCUUCCUCCUGGACGAGCCGCUGGAAAGAACAACCAGCGCCUCUCACGCCAACAGCGCGGCCCAGGCGCCUCGCUCCAUGCAGUGGGCAGUUCGAAACACCCCCAGCCAAAGAGCAACGGGAACCGCCCCCUCCAGCUCCUCAACACCAGCCGCAAGUUCCACAGGCCUGAUAUACAUUGACCCCACCAACCUGCGCCGCUCCAGUGCGAUCAGCUCCAGUGCUGCCGCCGCAGCCGCCGCUCUGGAGGCGAGCAACUCCAGCAGCUACCUGACGUCCGCCAGCAGCCUCGCCCGCGCCUACAGCAUCGUCAUCCGACAGAUCUCGGACCUCAUGAGUCUGAUUCCAAAGUACAACCAUCUUGUGUACUCGCAGUACCCUGCCGCUGUGAAGUUAACGUACCAGGAUGCAGUCAACCUGCAGAACUAUGUUGAGGAGAAGCUGAUUCCCACCUGGAACUGGAUGGUCUCCAUCAUGGAUUCCACUGAGGCUCAGCUGCGGUACGGCUCCGCUCUGUCCUCUGCUGGAGACCCCGGUCAUCCCAGCCACCCGCUGCACGCGUCCCAGCACUCGGCUCGCCGGGAGCGCAUGACCGCCCGGGAGGAGGCCAACCUGCGCUCUCUGGAGGGACGCAGGAGGGCGGCCACAUUGCUGACAGCCCGACAAGGCAUGAUGUCUGCCCGGGGCGACUUCCUGAACUACGCUCUGUCACUGAUGCGCUCCCACAACGACGAGCACUCGGAUGUCCUCCCCGUGUUGGACGUGUGCUCUCUGAAACAUGUGGCCUACGUAUUCCAGGCUCUUAUUUAUUGGAUAAAGGCCAUGAACCAGCAGACGACACUGGACACCCCACAGAUUGAUAGAAAGAGGAAUCGAGAGAUUUUGGAGCUUGGUUUGGACAAUGAGGAUUCGGAGCAUGAGAAUGAUGAAGACACCAAUCAGAGUUCGACUCUGCAGGACAAGGAUGACGAUCCAGUUCCGGCCGAGACGGGUCAGAACCACCCCUUCUUUCGUCGGUCCGACUCCAUGACUUUCCUGGGCUGCAUCCCUCCCAACCCGUUCGAUGUUCCUCUGGCCGAGGCCAUUCCUCUGGCCGACCAGCCCCACCUACUGCAGCCUAAUGCCAGAAAGGAGGAUCUGUUCGGUCGUCCCUCUCAGGGCUUGUACUCCUCCUCCUACAUGGCAACCAAAGGCCUGGCUGAGGCAAGCAUGGACAGGAACUGCCUGGAGGUAAACAUGGGCUCCUCUCUACCCUCCCCCUCUCAGAUUCUGCCCACCAAGAUGUCUUACUCGGCCAACCUGAAGAACGUGAUGAGCAUGGAGGCCAGCCAGCGGAGCGCCGAGGGCCAGUCGCUGGCGGAGCAGGAGAUGGAGACCUCCAAACCGGGACCCUCGCCCCACGACCUCGCCGCUCAGCUGAAGAGCAGCCUGCUGGCCGAGAUCGGCCUCACGGAGAGCGACGGCCCGCCGCUCCCUUCCUUCAGACCUCACUGCAGUUUUAUGGGCAUGAUGAUCUCACAUGACAUGCUGCUGGGCCGCUGGCGUCUUUCACUGGAACUCUUCGGUCGUGUCUUCAUGGAGGAUGUGGGAGCUGAACCCGGCUCGAUCCUCACAGAGCUGGGCGGCUUUGAGGUGAAGGAGUCGAAGUUCCGUCGGGAGAUGGAGAAGCUGAGGAACCUGCAGUCCCGUGACCUGGCCCUGGAGGUGGACCGCGACAGAGACCAGCUAAUCCAGCAGACCAUGCGUCAGCUCAACACGCACUUCGGCAGGCGGUGCACCACCACGCCCAUGGCCGUGCACCGGGUUAAAGUCACCUUCAAAGACGAGCCCGGCGAAGGCAGCGGCGUGGCCCGCAGCUUCUACACGGCCAUCGCUCUGGCUCUCCUCUCCAAUGACAAGCUGCCCAACCUGGACUGUGUCCAGAGCGUCAGCAAGGGCAUGCAGGCCAGCAGUACGUGUCUUCACGAUUACAGUUCAAAUCUAAUGCAACGUCUGAGGAACAGAGAUCGUGAGAGAGAGAGGAGGAGUGGAGGGCUUCGAGCAGGAUCUCGAAGAGACAGAGACAGGGAUUCAAGGAGGCAACUGUCCAUAGACACCCGGCCUUUCAGGCCUUCUUCAGAAGGAAACCCCAGUGACGAGCCCGACCCGCUGCCUGUGCACAGACAGGCGCUCGGGGAGCGACUCUACCCGCGAGUUCAUGCAAUGCAGCCUGCUUUUGCCAGUAAAAUCACUGGUAUGUUGCUGGAGCUUUCUCCUGCCCAGCUCCUGCUGCUGCUGGCGAGUGAGGACUCUCUCAGAGCCAGGGUGGAGGAGGCCAUGGAGCUCCUCAUUGCACACGGGAGGGAAAACGGUGCUGACAGUAUACUGGACCUGGGUCUUCCAGAAGCUCCAGAGAAAGCACAACAGGAGAAUCGUAAGCGCCAUGGUUCAACGCGCAGUGUGGUCGACAUGGAGCUGGACGACCCCGACGACGGGGACGACAACGCUCCUCUCUUCUACCAGCCUGGAAAACGAGGCUUCUACUCUCCUCGACCAGGAAAAAACACCGAGGCCAGACUCAACUGCUUCCGUAACAUUGGCAGAAUACUGGGGUUGUGUCUCCUGCAGAAUGAACUCUGUCCAAUCACAUUGAACAGACAUGUCAUCAAAGUGCUGCUUGGGAGGAAGGUGAACUGGCAUGACUUUGCCUUCUUUGACCCGGUGAUGUACGAGAGCCUGCGGCAGCUCAUCCGCCACUCGCAGGCCGGCGAAGCGGACGCAGUGUUUGCUGCCAUGGACCUGGCCUUUGCCAUUGACCUCUGCAAAGAGGAGGGAGCUGGACAGGUGGAGCUUUUGUCCGGCGGGGUCAACAUGCCAGUAACGCCCCUCAACGUGUACGAGUACGUGAGGAAGUAUGCAGAACACAGAAUGCUGGUGGUGGCUGAGCAGCCUCUUCAUGCGAUGAGGAAAGGCCUGCUGGACGUACUUCCUAAGAACGCCCUGGAAGACUUGACGGCCGAGGACUUCAGGCUGCUGGUCAACGGCUGCGGAGAAGUGAACGUCCAGAUGCUCAUUAGCUUCACCUCCUUCAACGAUGAGUCUGGGGAAAAUGCGGACAAACUUCUCCAGUUCAAACGCUGGUUUUGGUCCAUAGUGGAAAAGAUGAGUAUGACUGAGAGGCAAGAUCUGGUGUACUUCUGGACCUCCAGUCCGUCUCUCCCAGCCAGUGAGGAGGGUUUUCAGCCGAUGCCCUCCAUCACCAUCCGGCCUCCAGACGACCAGCACCUCCCCACAGCCAACACCUGCAUCUCACGUCUCUACGUGCCACUCUACUCUUCGAAACAGAUACUCAAACAGAAACUCCUGCUAGCCAUUAAGACCAAGAAUUUUGGUUUCGUGUAGAGGUUCAACAAAAGAGUUUAAAAAGGAAAAAAGAAAAACAUGUUUACUGUUGUGUAAUAUUUACCUAGCUCCAUUUUUGUAGAUUUAUUUUUUGUCUAAACAAUUUUAUCAAAUUCGACAUACUGUCGCUAUCUCCCCAGGCGGUAAUAUUUGUUUGUGUUGUGAACACAAACGGCUUAUUUUUAUUUCAAUUUUUAUUUUAUUUUAUUUUUGUGUGCGCGUGUGUGUGUUAAUGAAGAACAGGUAUACGGUCCAGAACAUUCCUGCAUUGGCACUGUAAAAUGUAAAGCCCACAGCUCUGCUCUAUUGGCUUCAACCUCUGCUUCCCAGGAAUUUGGUCUGACAGAAAACUGUCUGCCGGAAACCCAGCCAAAGAUGACAGCAGUAGAAAUAUUUAAAAGAAGAAGAAGAAAAGAAGAAGACACACUGUGAUUAUCCGUUUUUUUUUUUGUUUUGUUUUGUUUUUUUCCUUCCCUGAGAAUAAGUACUGACAGUUCACUGCUGCCUUUGUGGAAAGUCUUUUUUUUUCUUGUACAGGGGGAGUAGGGAAUUUCAAAAUAAACUUGGAUGCAAAUAAGUUGUCCAUUGUGUUUUUUUGUGAAG